CCUGCGCUUAAUGUAAACAAUUUGAUGACAAGUAUAGUAUCGUGAAGGGAAAGAGGAUUCAGGGGAUAUAGAAACUGCAAGAAAGGAUCCAGGGAAUAUAGACUAAAAAAUGGUCUAAAACCCUAUAAAAGAAGAAAGAAGAAGAAGAAGGGGAUAUAGACAACAUAGCCUAAACCCUAUAACAAGAAAGAAGAAGAAGAAGGAGGUGUCAGUAUGAAGAAGAAACAGGACAAAGAUAAGGACCAGAGCCCAGAAGGAGCUUGGGCAGCAGCAGGCUUUGCUGUUGUUCUUGUUGUUGUUGGUCUACCUGUUUGGUGGUACACAACUACAGUCUAUCGUGCUCAUCUGCCAUAUUCAACUAUUGAGGAAUUGUCGAGUCAGCUCAGAUACCAUGCUGUGGGACUGACUCUGAUUGGUGUGCCAUCACCUUCUUUCUCAGCCAAUCUGGAAAAACAUGUGCGCCACCUCCGAUCAGUGAAGUUCCACAUGUCUCUAAGAAGAACCAGGAAAGAUGAGAUGGAGGUUAUGCGUGCUGCUUCUUCCUUGGAAGAGCUAGACACAAAGCUGUCAAGAAUAACCCGGGCUGCACCAGGCACUUUAGCUGUGUUUGUGAUUCCAGAUGAUAGAUUCUUUGAAGACGCUGGUGUUAGUAUUGUUGUUGGCAGACAUCGUUUGGUACUUGUGAAGAUAGAUAUAGACAUGUUUUUAUUGGCCAAAGUGCUAAAGAGUAUGACUAUGGAUCCCCUGGCUAACAUAAGAGUUGAAGAGGCCAAGAUACUUCAAGAACUGCGGGGUUUACACAAGCGGGAAGCAAUGAGACAG